AUGAGCUCUCAAGAUGAACCACCUGCGAGGAGACGUGAAUCUCGAUCGGGGUCAAGGAAAGUCUCGACAUUGUCCGCGGAACAACUAGAGCGAAAGCGUGCCAACGAUCGAGAGGCUCAACGGUCCAUUCGCCAACGCACCAAGGAGCAUAUAGAACAUCUUGAGUCACAAAUUGAGGAGAUGCGGCUCCGAACCGAGCGGUUCGAUGAAGUCAUGCAACACAAUGCUUUUCUGGAGAAUGAAGUCAUCCGAUUGAAGCAUCAAGUUGCUGCUUUGACUGGCCGACCGGAGUUUGCCUCCAGUAACGAGCCGAUGGCUUCGUUUCGAAGUGAGUGGUCUUUGGGAGAACCCCCGAAUAGUGCAAUAUCGGGUAUUCCAGCAGGGGCAUUGCCACCGCCACACUUCACUGCAACAUCCCACACCCAGCCAUCGGGCCUGUUAGUACCGCGUCGAGCGUCUCCUCGGCAUGACUGGCAGCAACCAUAUCCGCCCACAAGGUCGCCGUCGCUCGGCGCAGCCUCCAAUCCCGAAUUCCCGAAUCGUAUGGAGCCAUAUCCCAUAGAUAGUCGAAUUCACCAAGGACAACCCAUCUGCCCACCCCAGCAACAAUCCGAAUCCUCUUUCUCCGAAUUCACUUACAGCGAUCGGUCACUUUCCAUGUCGAGUGCCAGUCCCGUUCCUCAGCCAACUUCCGCCCAAGCCUACCAACCCUCCACAUCAGCGUACCCACAACCAAUGCCUCAAUCGCAACAGACGGAUCCGACAUAUGAGUUUCCAUGGGUGCCUCCAUCGUGA